ACUUAUCGUUGAUAUCCCCCUACCUAUAAAUAAUCCCACGUCUCCCUUUAUCUUUACUCUAUCCCAAAACCUAUACUCUUCAGAGAGAUCAAUCCCUUUCUACCUCAGAGAUUAAAAAAUGCUGAGCGCCGAAGCUGCUCGCAAUGUCGUAGGCAUUAUAGGGAAUGUCAUCUCCUUCGGCCUUUUCCUCUCGCCAGUUCCAACAUUCUAUCGCAUAUGGAAGAGGAAAGAUGUUGAGGAAUUUCAGUUUAUUCCAUAUAUUGUAACGGUGAUGAAUUGUAUGUUAUGGGUCUUCUAUGGUCUGCCCAUUGUUAAACCUGACAGCAUCCUUGUUACCACCAUCAAUGCUAUUGGCCUUGCACUGGAGUUGAUCUAUUUAGUCAUUUUCUGCAUAUAUGACAAAAGGGGCAGAGGAAGGAAACAAGUUGCUUAUGCUCUUGCUGUCGAAGUAUUUGUCAUGGCAAUUAUAGUCAUCGGCACCUUGCUGGGUUUCCACACUCAUAAGAGAAGAACCCUUUUCGUCGGAAUUUUCUGUGAUGUGCUUAAUGUUCUGAUGUACAGUUCACCUCUUGCUAUCAUGAAAAAAGUUAUUACCACAAAGAGUGUCGAAUACAUGCCACUGUAUCUCUCGCUGGCUGGCUUUGCAAAUGGCUGCAUAUGGGCAGCUUAUGCCCUCAUCAAAUUUGAUCCCUUUAUACUGGUUAGCAACGGUCUCGGAGCACUGGCAGGCGCUGCACAGCUCAUACUUUAUGGUUGUUACUAUGGGACCACUCCUAAACGAAGCAAAGAAGACGAUGAAGUAGUGAAGCCAUCUGAGAUCCAGCUCUCCGGUUGAAAUGCAGCAUCCAGGGUCUGAAAUAGUAGCAGUUCCAGAACUGGAUUGUGUUUUUCUUAGUCUUUAUGCUUAUUUGUUAAAUAGAUAGCGUUUGUAAGGGAGUAGAACAAUAGAAGUACGGUAGUUUUAAGCUGUUGCAAAUUGGCUGUGAGGAGUAAUCCUGACAUUGCAGCAAUUUUUCGUUUCCAAUUGUGCAAAAUUGAAGAUAAUUUUGGAAAUGGAAUUUAAGUUCUGAA